AUGACCAAUGCUUGGAUCGAUCGAAAAAGGAGAAGCAUUAUGAACUUGUGCGUUAAUUGUAAGCAAGGGACUUGUUUUCUUUCUUCAAAGGAAGAUUCGGAGGCAUCACACACGGGGGUGUAUAUCUUUGACUAUGUUGACAAGUUCAUUGAAAAUAUAGGGGCACAAAAUGUAGUUCAAGUAGUGACGGACAAUGCAUCCAACAAUAUGGCCGCGGCGGAUUUGCUAAAGAUCAAGAGGCCUAACAUAUUUUGGACUUCAUGUGGCACCCACACAAUUAACCUCAUGCUUGAAGGAAUUGGUAAGCAAUCCAAGUUUAAAGCAACUAUUGAUAAGGCCAAAGCGUUCACUAUAUUUGUUUAUGCUCAUCGUAAUACAUUGGCGAUGAUGAGAAAAUAUACGAAGAAGAGAGACAUAGUGAGGCCGGGUGUUACUCGAUUUGCUACAUCAUUCUUGACUUUACAAAGUUUGAUGGAAAAGAAACAAGAAUUGCGAGCGAUGUUUAGUAGCAAUGCAUGGGGUGAGAGUAAAUGGGCUAAGAGCCCAAAGGGAAAAACGGCAUAUGCUACCGUGAUGAGUCAGGCAUUUUGGAAUGGCGUAACCUUAUGCUUGAAAGUGUUUGGUCCGUUGGUGAUGGUUCUUCGACUUGUUGAUGGGGAUCGAAAGCCCUCAAUGGGCUUUGUGUAUGGAGAGCUCACAAAAGCAAAAGAAGAGAUCAAAGCGGCAUACAAGCAAGUUGAGACUAACUACCGGCCAAUACUAGAUGUCAUUGAUGGGAAAGCUAAGGGUCGGCUAGAUAGUGCAUUGCAUUUGACAGCUUACUUUUUGAAUCCUUUUUACUUCUUCAACAAUUCUACCAUUCAAGAUGAUCCUAUCAUUAUGGAUGGGGUUCUUACUUGUGUUGAAGCUUUCUUUCAUGAUGUCAAUGUUCAAGAUGAAGUCAUCAAUAGAGAGUUGUUGAAGUACAAGAACAAAGAAGGUGGAUUUGGAAAACCAUUAGCCACAAUGGGAUGUGCGACGAACAAUGACUCUUAUGAUCCGGUUGGAUGGUGGUCUAACUAUGGCAAUCAUACACCCAAUUUGAAAAGAAUGGCCACUCGAAUUCUCUCUUUGACUUCAAAUUCAUCGGGGUGUGAGAGAAAUUGGAGCACUUUUGAGGGAGUAAGUGGUGACGAGGAAGUUGACCUGGUUUCGGGACUUACAUGGGAGGUAAUUGGGGAAGCUACGGGAGCGGAUGAAGUCCUUCAACCUAGAAGGACUACUAGAAAUAUUGGAGUACGAGAACUACAUGAGGAAGAUUUUGUGUCAGAGGAUGAUACCAAAGAGGAGGUAGAUGAGGAUUUUGAGUGUGAGUCCAAUGGAGACGAAGUUAUGCAUGGAUAUGGAGAAGAAGAGGAUGAGUAA